UCCAUCCAUCCAUCCCACCACCCAUCCACCCAUCCACCCAACCCCUUCAUCUGUGCAAUCAUUCCAGCCUGCCAUUCCCCUUUUUCAUUCACUGUCUUUCUCCCCAGGCUAGACCCCAACCUUUCUCUCCCUCUUCCAGCAGGAGCAGGUGGCCUGGCACCUGGCGUGGGAGGUCUUGCUCCUGGUGUAGGUGGCCUGGCACCUGGUGUAGGUGGCCUGGCACCUGGCGUGGGAGGUCUUGCUCCUGGUGUAGGUGGCCUUGCUCCUGGUGUAGGUGGCCUUGCUCCUGGUGUAGGUGGCCUUGCUCCUGGUGUAGGUGGACUUGCUCCUGGUGUAGGUGGACUUGCUCCUGGUGUAGGUGGCCUGGCCCCUGGCAUUGGAGGUGUUCCAGGUGUUGGAGGUCCAGCAGCAGCCGCAAAAGCAGCAGCUAAGGCAGCCAAAUAUGGUGCUGGUGUUGGAGGGGUGCCAGGUGCUGUGCCCGGUGCUCCUGGUGUGCCAGGAGUGACACCUGGCAUCGGUGGUGUCCCCGGCUUAGUGCCAGGUGUAGGGGUGCCCGGUGCCGGCGUUCUCCCCGGAGCAGGCAUCCCCCAGGUCGGGGUGCAGCCUGGUGCUAAGCCUCCCAAAUUCGGUGUGCCCGGGGCUGGGGUCCCAGGGGUCGGUGGCAUCCCAGGUGGCCUCGGAGUUGGUGGCCUCGGAGUUGGUGGCCUCGGUGCUGGUGGCCUCGGUGCUGGGCUCUUGUAUCCAGGAGCUGCUGGAAAACCUCCUAAGCCAGGGGCUGGAGUUCCCGGUUUUGGUGUGUCACCGAUAUUUCCAGGUGGGGUUGGUGGCCAGCUGGGAUUUGGCGGGAAGCCCCCCAAGACCUACGGAGGAGCCCUGGGGGCCCUGGGCUUUAGAGGUGGAAUUGGCUGUGCACAAGGGAAAUACUGCGGGAGGAAGCGGAAGUAACCGCCCACCGUCACCGAUGACCUCAUGAACUUUGGUGCUACUGCAUGGUCCAGAAUGUAAAUCCCCACCAAGCUGAGACCCCCCCCCCCGGCCCCACGCUCCCGUCAGGGACCCCACGGCAGCGUCAGGGGCCGCCCCCCCACCCUGGGAACCCCCCCAGCCCCAGCAGGGAGUGCGGAAUAAACUGCGGGGAACAGCCAUCCCCCUUGGUGCUAUCGCUCCUUGCGGGAGGGCCUGGGACCCCCACC